AUUAAUAUGUCUCUAGAAGCUAUUAUAUUUCUUUGUCAAUGUACAGUCAUGCAUGCAACAGGAGCUCAGCGCUUAGAGAUAUAAAAGACACUGGAUGUCAAGCGCACGCACGUACACGCCGCGCGCGCACGCACACGCAUACAAAUCCCUGGAGUAAGAUCAUCAGACGCCCCACAUGCAUUUUCAUUAAAGGAGGUGGGUGGCGCUCACUUCAUCCCUGAUUGCCAUACGUAAGUGCGCGUCCACGGUCAUACCAUCCAGACCGCCAGCCCUCCUCUAACCAAACCCAGCCGAACCACGCCGAAUCAGAGCCACGCCGCAACGAACAUCGAUUACCGGCGGCCACGUCCUAACUAUCCACUUGCGCAUCUUUACGCACUCGAUACGCUUUGUCACUCCCUUUAAAGCAAGAUUCUGCAUCUUCUCGUGUCAUCUCCACACCGGGGACCAUGGAGACAGUAUGGGUCCAUGCAGUCUUCUCCCGGCUUCUUCUCUUCUGCCUAAUGGUUGUGACAGUUGAACCUUUGGUCCGUGGCUUCAAGAAACUCCCAGACGAUAUAGACUGGUCUUACGCAGGUGUCCUGAACCAGCGUAACUGGGGUAAGAAGUACCCAUCCUGUAACAGCGCCAAGCAGUCUCCCGUGGACAUCGACGAGACCUUCACUCAGGUGCGGCUGCAGUACCAGAAACUACAACUAGAGGGCUGGGACAGAUUUACAGCAGAGUCCACCACCAUCCACAACAACGGGAAAACAGUGGCCAUCACUGUGGACGGAAACUUCUUUGUCAGUGGAGGAGGGCUGAGCUCCAGGUUCCGUGUUGAUACCAUCACCUUCCACUGGGGGCGCUGCAAUACUACUUUGGAAGGGUCUGAGCACAGCUUGAAUGGGAUGAAAUACCCACUUGAGAUGCAAAUCUACAGUUAUGAUGCAGAUGACUUCCAAAGUUUUGAUGAAGCCAUCCGGGAGGGAGGGAGGGUCGCUGCAUUAGCUGUGCUGUUUGAGAUCAGCUUGGAUGACAAUGACAACCUCGGCCCUGUCGUCGAUGCUGUCAACACUGUUAGUCGGUUUGGCAAGAGCGGCUCAAUGGAGGCCUUCACCUUGAAGUCUUUGCUGCCAAAUAACACAGAUAAAUACUACAUCUACAAUGGCUCGCUGACUUCUCCUCCCUGCACGGAGACGGUAGAAUGGGUGGUCUUCAAACAGGCCGUGGCCAUAUCGGAAACACAGUUGGAGGUGUUCUGUGAGGUGAUGACCAUGGAGCAGGCGGGAUACGUGAUGCUGACGGAUUACCUGCAGAACAACUUCAGGGAGCAGCAGCAGUUCAUGGGACAGGUGUUUGCCUCGUACACUGGAGUGGAGGACGUACCCACGCCAACCUGCAGUUCACCGCCAGAAAAUGUCCAAGCUGACGCUCAGAACGAGACGACCAUCGUAGUGACAUGGGAGCGCCCUCGCUUUGUUUACGACACCACCAUCGACUGGUACACCGUCACCUAUGAGAGGCUGCAGGGCCGAAACCAGAAGAAGCAGGAGUACAGGACCGACGGGGAUCAGGACGUGGGAGCCAUCAUCCCCAGUUUGCUGGCCAACAGCAGCUAUGUGGUUCAGGUGGUGGCCGUUUGCACCAAUGGCCUAAGAGGAAGAUGGAGUGACCAGAUUAUAGUGGACAUGCCGUUAGAGGACCCUGACAGUGAUUCGUUUCCUGAUGUUUCUAAAGGCAGCAAAGAGGUGUCACCUAAUGUCAGAUGGCAGAAGCCAGAGAAUCCCAAUCCUCUGGAUUUAACCCCAGAUCACAGUCCAGUGGAGGAGAUCCCAGCAGAGCAGACCAGAGUUUACCAGAAUCAACCCACACACUACCCUCGGCCCCAAACGACCCAGAUUGUGCCCAGAUUGUCCACCCCAAAGCCUCCUCCUGAGACGUCCAUACAGAAAACACGACUCAACCCCAAUGUAAAAAAGAAACCGAGCAAGCCCAAAGGUGGUGAUAUGAACAAAAACCAGAUCGAUGAGGAGCGGAGGACUCGAACACAAAGGAUAUUUACUCAUGGCGGUUUGGAUGGGAACAGUGCAAUCUGGGUGACUGGUAUCACCGAGCAGCCGGGCUUCCUGUUUCCUGUCUCCCAGCCCAACACUCUGCCUACGGUCCGCCGUCAAAUCACGGAGGAGGCGUCUCUGACACAUCAGUCACGAGAGCUCAGUCCAACAGAUUCAAUUGAAAGUGAAAGUGGCCUCCCUUCUUCACAGUCGGACCUCUACUCCUCCACUGGGGAGGACAUCCAAGUCACAGAUGUCUUCUAUGAAGACUUAGCCAACGGCUCUUCACCCCAAAUCACCACCUCCUCUUCGGAAAGAUCCACUGCCGCUCUGCCAGGAGGUGUGGUGGCCAAAGGGACAAACGAGUCCUCUGUAAACACGCCACCAGAAACGAGCACCGCCUCAGCCUCGACCUCGUUCUGGGUCACAUCGAGGACGGCGACUGCAAGCAACACCCUCGCCGAUACUGUCUACAAGUCAUUCACCUCCUCAUCCCUCCUUAGAGUGCUCAUGCAUACCACCCAGCCAAUGUUUAAUGAGGGAAGGAACAGCAGUCACGAAUCUCACGUCGGGUUAGUCGGAGGUGUGGAGAGGGAGAAGAGGACCAUCAUUCCUCUGGCUGUUGUGUCCACUCUCACUAUUCUGUGUUUACUGCUGCUGAUUGGAAUACUUGUCUACUGGAGAAACUGUUUCCAGACUGCUAACUUCUACCCAGAUGACAGCGCAACACCGAAAGUCAUAUCCGCUCCAUCCACACCGCUGCUGCUUGCCACAGAUGGACACGAGCCACUGACGGUGAAGCAGUUUGUGAAGAAUGUCAUGGAGCUCCACAGCACCAACACCUUCUCCAAGGAGUUUGAGAUUGUGAAAGAAUCCUACGAGGAGGUGCAAGCGUGCACGGUGGACAUGGGCAUCACUGCCGACAGCUCCAGUCAACCGGAGAACAAAUCCAAGAACCGAUACAUCAACAUCCUGGCUUAUGACCACAGUAGAGUGAAGCUCUCCAACAGCUUAGACCGUGACGGGACAUGCGGAGACUACAUAAAUGCUAAUUUUGUUGACGGUUACGAGCGUACAAGGGCCUACAUCGCAGCUCAAGGACCGCUCAGAGCCGGCAGGGAAGACUUCUGGAGAAUGAUCUGGCAGCAGAACGUUGGCGUCAUCGUCAUGAUCACCAACCUGAAGGAGAAAGGACGGACUAAGUGUGAUCAGUACUGGCCAGAGGACGGUCAGGAGGAUUAUGGUCCGUACCAGGUGACCUUGAAGAGCACUAAGACCCUUGCUUACUACACUGUGCGGACAUUCAUUGUCAGAGAUACCACAAAUAAGACGUGUCAGAGGAAAGUGGAACACACAGUCCACCAUUACCACUACACCCAGUGGCCAGACAUGGGUGUCCCAGAAUACACCCUGCCUGUCCUGUCCUUCAUCAGAACAUCAUCUCGUGCCCGAACGCAGGAGAUGGGACCCGUUGUGGUGCACUGCAGUGCUGGAGUAGGAAGAACAGGAACUUACAUCGUGAUAGACAGCAUGCUGCAGCAGAUCAAGGAUCAGGGGACGGUGAAUGUCCUCGGGUUCCUCAAACAUGUGCGGACACAGAGGAACUACCUGGUUCAGACGGAGGAGCAGUACGUGUUCAUCCACGACGUCUUAGUGGAGGCCAUCUUGAGUCGCCACACCUCCAUCACCUCUGACCUCCUCCACACGUAUGUGUCCGACCUCCUGACGCCCGGAGUGUCAGGCAGGACGCGCAUGGACAAACAGUUCAAGUUAAUCAGUCAACGCCAAGCAAAGCACGCUGACUACAGCACGGCUCUGCGAGACGGCAACGCAAUGAGGAACAGAGCCCGAGCGCUGAUGCCUGUGGAGAGAUCCAGAGUCUGUCUAACUGCCACAGAAGCAAACUCCUCAGGUUACAUCAACGCCUCUUAUGUGCUGGGUCAUCAUCACAGUAAAGAAUUCAUCGUGAGUCAGACCCCUCUUAGCAGCACCGUGGAGGAUUUCUGGCGAAUGAUCUGGGAACACAACACGCACACCGUCGUCCAUCUGCCUGACUCACAUCACCAGUGUGAGAACGGGGAACCAUGUCUUUACUGGCCUUCUAAAGACCAGAUCAUGAACUUUGAAGGAUUCACUGUGGUGUACUCGGGGGAGAGGAUGCUGUGUCUUUCCAAUGAUGACAAAGUCCUGGUGCAGGACUUUACUUUAGAAUCCAUUCAGAAUAAUUUUGCCCUGGAGGUUCAGCUUUACAUCGCAUCCUGUUGGCCCAACCCAGACAGCCCAAUUCGGAAUUGUUUUGACCUCAUCAACACGGUCAGUGAGCACAACAGACACACAAACGGCCCGACAGUGGUACACGACCCGUUGGGAGGCGUUACAUCUGGGCUCUUCUGUGCCCUCACCACCUUGUCCAAUCAGUUGCAGGAGGAGGGACAAGCCGACGUCUACCAGGUGGCACGUAUGACCAACCUCAUGAGGCCGGGGGUCUUUAAUGAUAUAGAGCAGUACCAGUAUCUGUACCGUGCAGUGCUGAGUCUGGUGAGCAGCCAGGAGGACCAGCGAGCCCUCCAGAGUCCAGAAACCAAUGGAUCGGUACUGUUGGGGAAGACCAACAUUGCUGAAAGCCUUGAGUCACUCAUGUAGAGGCCACCCACACUUGCAGUACACACUAACGCUAAAACACGAUGAACUUGAGUCGUCUCUGCAAGCGUCCAAGAGUUGUGAGUACUUAUUUUACACUUUAAAGUAAUCUUCUGCAAAUGUCAUGGCUUCCUUCAAAGAAAAAAGGCAAAGUCUCCCACUAUUGUGCUCACAGAAUGCUAAUAUAAUUUCCCUGUAUCCGUUGCAUUUGGGUGCAAAAGCACAUUUAAAUCACAGAAUACAAAUGACUCCAUUUUAAUAAUUAAAACAUAAAACAUUUCCUAGGCUAAUUCCCUAGUUAACCAGCAUUAUUUAGGAGUGUUUAAAAAAGUAGUGAUGACUGCCAUUGGCUCCGGUGCCUUUUGUAACUCACACUCUUGUACUUUAAAGCUUUAAAGCUUUUUUUUGCUAUGACUGUUGGAUGACUUCUAUCUUUUUCUAAAGGUGGGUAUACUGUCUUGUUAGCUUCAUGAAGGGGAGCGACAUUCCAUCCAAAUUGUGUUGUCAGUAUUGAACGUAUUUUGUCAGUAUUUUGUCUAAAUGGUCCACAAUCAGGCACGAUCAAUCAAACAACCAGCUUCUCCUACAGCAACUAUCAUUCUACUUUGUAUGUGUGAGUGUGUGUAAAUAUCCCUGAAACACCAAAAGGCCAAAUUACUGUAAGUUUUUACUGUAUCUAUAUAUUUUCUAAGACAUUUUCUAGCCAUUUCCACAUAUAUACUGUAUAACUGUGUGGAUUCUAUUUGAUAACUCCACUACUGAAUUACUGAUCAUAGAUUUAACACAUUGUUAAUGCUUUUUUAUCAAUAUCAUUGUAGCCGUUUAGCACAUUCAUCUCCAGCCACGAGCGUGUGCAGUAUGUAAAUAGGAACAGAUGGAAUAAAGACUUUUUGACUUGAAA